AUGAGAACAACACACUUCAUUCGCAAAGGUUUUUCGUUUCUUCUCGAAGCAGCAAACAAUCCGGUGGUUGAUACCAGUGAGAUGGGCAGCUAUUCCUCAGGAUCAAACGUGUAGGAGGCCAGGGAGCCCGUUCAGAAGAGGAUACGGGAUUUCAAAGAAGUAAUUGUGACUGUGUUUCACAGGCAAGAGCUUCACGCCAUGCACUCCCAGAUGUUUGAGUCCCUGCAUCAGGCGUGGCUGGACGAUGUGGAGAGUUCAAGGGACCAAGAAGAACACCUCGCUCUUAUAACUCGGAAGCAGAUGAAGAUUUUACAGAAAACUAUAGGGGAUCAUAAAACCAAGAUUGGAUACUCUAUAGAUUUGUGUGACACAUUUUUGAAGAGAUUUGAACAUUGUAAAGCUUUUAUUGGUGGCAAAGAAAGUGAAGUGAAGAAAGAAAUCUCCAAGGUGCAGGUCAGAGUUAUGGAAACUCAAGUGCAGGAUGUGUCGGUCGUUGAAACGUACCUUCAGUCCCUGGUCUUUGACAGCUCUGAAGAAACCUUCUGAAGCUCACAUGGAGGAUGCACAGGGAGC